AAAAAAAAACUUUUCACAUCACUAAUUUUCGUAUCGCAUUGUUGGUAGCAUUGAUUUGAUUUGACUUGACGUUUCGUAAAAUGUUUUAUUUUUGUAUCAAAUUAGUUGUGGUCUUUAACUAGUUUUUAAUUAUAGUUUCCUACACCGUUAGUCCUUCAGAGACUGCUGUCUUCCAUAAUAUAAGUGAAAAUGAUGAUUUCGCGGUCGAAGCACCGCUCGUCGGUGGAGGUGUGUGCAGAUUGCGGAGCAUCGGAUCCGUCGUGGGCGUCGAUCAACCGGGGCCUGCUGCUGUGUGCGGAAUGCUGCAGUGUGCACCGCAGCAUGGGGCGCCAUAUAUCACAUGUCAAGUCCCUGCGUCAGGGCACUUGGCCACCGUCACUUCUGGCUAUGGUCCAAGCUCUCACCGCUCAGAAUGUGAACAGCAUAUGGGAGCACUCCCUGCUUGACACCUCAGCACCCAAACAUCUCCGCAAGAAGCCGCAAGCUAAAGAUCCUUUACACCCUAUAAAAUCGGAGUUCAUCCUAUCGAAGCACCUCCGGCUAGCCUACGUGCUCCGAGCACGACGGGACGAGCCCCCGGCGGAGCUGGCGAGGCAACUGCACAGCGCUGUGCGGAGCGCCUCGCUCGAUACCGCCAUGCGGUUGCUGGCGCAGGGCGCGGACCCUAACUACUACCAUCAGGAGAAAGGCAACACCUGCCUACACGUGGCGUGUCGGGCGGGGCAGCCGGCGCAGGCCGAGCUGCUGGCGGCCUGGGGCGCCGACCCCACUGCGCGCGACCGCGACGGACUUACACCUAUUGAUGCUGCUAGACAAGGCGGGCACACAGAGCUCGCCGCCCGAAUGGUAGAACUAGUAUACGAAGCCACCGACCGCCUCAUACAGUUCCUGACGGGAGCGCGCCCGGACCACGCCACUGGGAAACACUUCGCCGUGCCACGGGCGUCGGACGCGCACGAAAUGACUGAUGUCGCUAAAGCUGCCAGGGGAAAACUGCAACUUCUACCAAAUCACUUAUUUGAAGAGCUAGUGAUGGAUAUCUACGACGAGAUCGACCGGAGAGAAACAGAAGCCAUAUGGCAGACCAGCGGAACAGGACUAGAGCGAUGCGGCGUAGUAUUCCUCCCAGUGAACCCAGCGUUAUCGGCGCCGCGGAACCAAGGCAGGCAGAAGCUGGCGCGGUUAUCCUGCGUGGAACUCGGCGCCCUCUGUCGGGACGUGUUGCUAGACGCCACCCGUCGCCAGCACAUCGCCUCAUUGCACCCGCACGCAUUAAUGGGCCCGCUAAAUCCGCUGCUGUCAGCCAGCCACUUGAAGCACGUAUCUCAGAUGUCUGAUGACGAACCGCUGUACGAUUCCGUCGCAUCAGAUGAUGACUACGCCGCGCUCGCACCCAUUGACCUCGAUAUGGGUUUAGACCCGCGCGCCGGCGAGAUCGUCUCCUCAACAUACAACCCUUCUCUCCCCAUCGAGCACUCCAUCAGCUCCGACCUUCGCUUCACAUCUCUACACGGCAAAGAAGACGUCAACUCCCUUAAAAAAGAACUAGACAGCAGAGACUCCACAAUUACAGAGCUAAAGAACCAACUAAAGAACCUACAAACCAUAGUCGAGCAACUUACUAAAGAAAACAGCGUUUUAAAAACAAACAGCAUAGACGACAACAACAGUUUAACCUCACAAACAGACAUUACCGACAACGUUUCUAGCUUCGACAACGGCUUAGAUACGGCCUGCAAGCCCCCCGAGAGGGGCCGGAGUCUCGAGACAGACCAACUCACGCUUAGCGCCGAAGAGGCGGACUUAAAGCAGGCCCUCAAGAGCUCCCAGCGACCGGUCAGUAUGUAUGAGACUAGGGAGGGACCAAAGAAUAACUGGCACGUUACUAAACAUCAGCUAACGACCCUCUCGAGCCUCGAUCGCUCGCUGACACAGAGCGUGUUAGAGUCCAGUGAAGUGCUGCCCACAGCGGAAAUGGUCCAUCGACGGGCCGAGGCGGUCACGCGAGGCAUACAGGAACUGUGGGCGGCGGCGCGAGAGCUCGGCCCGGCGAGAUUGAGUGAGCGUGCUGAGGGUAUUCGGAAGGCGGUUAGGGCGCUACUGACACUGUUUCCACAGACAUGUUCAGAGCGCGAGUUAGAGCUCGUGCUGAGCUCGCUCCGCAGCAGCGGCGACGCGCUGACGUCAGCGUGCGGCGCGGCGGCCGCGCUGGACGACGUGCGCGACGCGGCCUACGAGCUAGCGCGCGCCACCAAGCUGCUGGUCACGCACUUCCACGUCGACUCCUAGCGAACACCGCGCUACACCACCGUGUAAGUGCUG